AUACAAAUGUCAACGCAGACAAAUCAAGCGCGUAACGUAGUUGGGUUCGAGGUAUCGGAUAUUGGGGGUCUUCGGAGAGUGUUUGCAAAACCAACUUUUAACAGUGAAAAAUUUGCGAAAAAUGUAUCCAAAAAUGGAGAUACGGCUACUAGCAAUAUGCUGGAAAAAGUUAACAUUAUAUCCUCUGAAGCUGCCAGCAAGAUGAAACGUGCAGUUUUUGAAAAUUACAAACUGUUUAUUAAGGCUGGUAAAGCCGCUAGCCAAUUAGAAAAUACAAUGCACCAAAUUCACAACGAAUUUACUGAGAAGCAACGUGUAAUGAAUACUCUUACUGAGCUAUCUUUAUUUAACGAACGUGCUGUGUCCAUAUCACAGGUUGAUGAAAAAACUGAAAACUUACCCUGUAGUGAGCAUUCUGGAAUUUCGGCAACCCAAUUGGCCGAACUGGUAGAGGGAGCUUCCGUUUUGGUCGGGGAUUCAAGUCGUCGUGUUAUAUUUGAUGGGGAUCUGCGCGAAUUAAGUAUGAAUGAUUUCACUUUUGUUUGCAUGGCUCGGGUCUUUGUAUUAACAGAUACUUUGGUUAUUGCAUAUCACAGUCAAUCUGGUUCCUCGUACCCAUAUCGUCUUCAGUCAACGUAUGAUUUGAACAACUUUGCUGUGGCUAAUUUUCCUCCCAUGGAUCGCCUUCAAACUCCAAAUAAUGCGUUUAAAUUAAUAGUUUUUCCUACUAAUCGUCUUUUCCAAACUGAAACACCCAGUGACAAGAAACGUUGGUUAACAUUACUGGAUGAAGCGAUGCGUAAAUAUCGAAAUACUAAUUCGUAUGUUGCAUCAAAUUUAAAAUCCGAUUCCCAUAUUACUACAAAUUCUUAUGACGUUUUGGAUCACAAUUCUAUGAAGUUGAGUAUGUUACCUCCAAAGGUAUCUGCUGAAGCUGUUGUUGCUGGUCAUAAAGCUUUGUCUUCCACUUUACCUGAUUGUGUAGACCUCUUAACACCUAUCGAUAAAUUGGACUUGUCUGCUAAAAAAAAUCCUUUUGAUGAUUCCCAUGAAACUGUUAAAUCUCCCAUGGCAAAAGUUGGAAGUCAUAAAUCUCGACAUAAUUGGUUAUGGGAUGUACCAGAAGAUUUAGAUGUAGCAAUUUCUGAACGAAAUUUUCAACGUGCUACUAAUUUAAUUGUAAAAGCUAAAGAAUCAUUAAAUCAAAUACUGACUGGUGAUAUAUCAAAACCAUCUAUGGAUACAAAUAUACAGUCAUCUAAUUCUAGUACACCAGGUCAAAUAUCUGAUACUGUUGAUCAUAGAUCUAAAACAGAUUGGGAGAAAUUAUCUAAGCGUAUUGAACGUAACGAACGAAAUCUUACAGAAUCUUUGCAAUAUGAAUUAGUAUCAGCAGCUUGUAGACAUGGCGCUCCUAAAUCCGUGAAAGCAGCUGUUUCUCAAUUAGGUUUACUUGGUAAAGCAUCUCUUGCAGCUGAAUUAUUUCUAGUUUAUCGUUCACAAGUAAUGACAAAGUCUUUAACACAUGGUGUACAUCAAGAAGGCAAUCAAUUAAUCUAUUUAAAUAAAUUAUCGCUUACUUUCCAUCGUAAUUUAGCUGAAACAGCUGUAGAAUGGUGUCAAAGUGUAGUUAAACCGUUGGGUGAAAUUCUUGCCUCAAAAACUAAUGGUAUAUCACCGCAACAAUUUGAAAAUAUCUGUUCUUUAAAAUUUUAUAGUUGGACAUUGGAUGAGACUGAGAAAUUCGGUCAACAACUUCGUGUUCUACUGAUCGAUAGUCAUGCAGUAUCAUUUUAUUCAAUGGCUUAUGCUGCUCAACGAAUUAAGGCACAUGCUGAUAAGCUUACUGAAUUACUGAGUGUUGAUAUUUCUUCUACUCUCAAUCGAAGCUUAUCACGUGCAUGGAAACGUGCUGCUGAUGAACAGUCACGUUUACUCUGUGAAGCUGUUGAAAAUCGUGCAAAACAAGAAUCUUGGGAAACUUUAUCAAAUCUACCUAAAGGGGAACAAGAUAAAAUCAUUGCAGAUCUAUUGGAAUUUGGAAUACUCAACCAAUAUACCGCAGCUGAUUAUGGUUUAAAAUUAACUAUGAGUACAUAUUACCUUAUUCGGUCUCUACGACAAUUUAUUCAAAGUGUCCAUCUAUUAAAUUGUUCCGAGUUAGAUUUAACUUUAAUAUCGUGUUUCGUACAAACAUUAAAUUCAGAACUUGAUUGUUUUGAACGUGUUUCACCUAUUGAUAUUUCUGAUCCGGCUAGACAAUCUAUCAUUAUAAUCAAUUUAGAAUUUUUAAUCAAGACCAUUGUGCCCAAAUUUGGUAAUAUUUUAAAUUGUUCCGAAAAUUCAACUAUCCAACAACUGGUCUCCAGUUUGAAAACGUCACUUCAAAAUAUUAAAGGUUUAGAAGAGGAAGAAACAGUGGUGGUGACGACGGCGGCGAAAAAAUCGAAUGUUGUUGUUGACGAAGAAGGAGGUGAUGUUAUAUAAACCUUUUUUUCUCGUUGAGCAAGGCAAUGGAAGGGAUUCCUUUCCUCUAUUUUAUUUUCUCUUUUUUUAAUUAAACUCUUAUUUUGGUAUGUUUUAAUAGUUUGACAGCUGUGUCUUGUUUUAUUGAUAUUUUCAAUUUUAUUUAUUUGAAAUAAACAUUUGUUUCUCCAUUGUGAUAAUAAUGAUCAACACUUAAAAUCAUUGUUUUCAAUUUAACCGCUCUGUGUAUUUUUGAUUGAACGUAUUAGAUUACUACCUGGAGCAUGAUGGAAUUAUAUUGACCACUAACUAGUAACCAGCGUCAUAUUUGUUUGGUCUUUCAGUUCUAAUUGAUUUCUAUCAAUCUAGUCGCAAUAUGUCCACUACUCCAAGUAGUUCGGCAUUUUGUGGACUACAUAGAGUUGUUAUUUAGUUGAAAGAAGUUGAUAAGAAAUGCCUGACGUAUGUUUCGUUCUACCUGGCGCCUGUGGACAAGGCUUACUUGUAAUCUUCAAACGACUGAUCUCUACAGGGUUCCAGUUUGUAUUACUCAGC